AUGGCAUCUGCCUCCACAGACGAAGCCCCCAAGGCGUCUUCGCCCCCCGUCGCUAUUGUCUGCGUUGGCAUGGCAGGAUCUGGAAAGACUACUUUCAUGCGACGUAUCAACGCUCACCUCCAUCAGAAUGAUCAACCUCCAUAUGUCAUUAAUCUCGAUCCCGCUGUGUUGUCGGUCCCAUUCGAGUCCAACAUCGAUAUUCGAGACUCGGUCAACUAUGAGGAGGUCAUGAAGCAGUACAACCUUGGCCCCAACGGCGGCAUUCUCACCUCGCUCAACCUCUUCGCUACAAAAGUUGAUCAGGUCGUCAACCUCCUCGAGAAGCGCGCCCAGCCCGAUCCCGAGAAGCCCGAUCGCAAGCCCAUCGAUAGAAUUUUAGUCGACACGCCCGGUCAGAUCGAAGUUUUUGUCUGGUCAGCCUCUGGAACCAUUCUUCUCGAGUCGCUUGCCUCUUCUUUCCCUACAGUCAUCGCCUACGUUAUUGAUACUCCACGAACUGCUUCCACUUCGACAUUCAUGUCCAACAUGCUCUACGCCUGUUCUAUUCUCUACAAGACCAAGCUUCCUAUGAUUCUCGUCUUCAACAAGACCGAUGUCAAGGAUGCGGCGUUUGCUAAGGAGUGGAUGACCGACUUUGAAGCUUUCCAAGAGGCGCUACGAAAGGAUGAAGAAUCAGAUGAGCUGGGUGGUGCAGAAGGUGGUGGUCAUGGUGGAAGCGGAUACAUGGGCAGCCUACUCAACUCGAUGAGUCUUAUGCUGGAGGAGUUCUACGCUCAUCUCAGUGUUGUCGGCGUGAGUUCACGACUGGGUACUGGUGUGGACGAAUUCUUCGAGGCCGUUGAGGAAAAGAAGCAAGAGUUUCUGCGCGACUACCUGCCAGAGCUUGAGAGGAAGAGGGCAGAGCGUGAGGAGGCAAAGAAGGCUGCACGAGAGAAGGAGCUGGACAAGAUGAUGAAGGGCAUGUCCGUCGGUGGUCUACCAGUCGCACAGAAGGAAGAGGAUGACGUGGACGUUGCCAGCGACGACGACGAUGAUGAUACUGACUCAGACGAAGAGGCUCAGAAGCAGAGUCUCCAAGAUCGAUACUCAGCCGCCAUGGACGAUAAUGAGGACUCUGUCAUGAAAGAUGCAAGUUUCGCCAAGUAUCUCUACAAUCAACAGAAGCAGCAAUAA